GAGAUUGAGUUUGUCCUACAGCAUCUGGUUCGGGUUUUCUUUUUCAGCUAUUCAUUUUCUUUUAUUGUUGUUACUGUGUAGGAAGGUGUCACUCUCGCCUUUUCCAUUUUUUGAUGUGUUUGCGAUUAAGGAUUUUAUUAUCAGCCAAGAGGAAAUAUGGUUUGGGAAAGGAAUGGGCGAACUUGUGAUAGAUAUAUGCGCUACAAACAUGUGUGUGUGUGCUUUUACCGAGAGUCUGAUGGCAGAAGACACUAAAUUAAAAGACCUUUUCGAUGAAAUUAGAAGCUUAACAGAGUUGGGCAAUCAUAAAGACUAUGAAUAUACAACACGUAUGGACCAUUUUGAGACUCACCUGGUUGAGAUGAAGACUUUCUUGGUUGAGAUACCAAGAGGGAUGUUGAGCCUUAACCAUGCACUUGCCAUUCCAAUGAAGCAGCCCAGUUCUGACUUUCUAAUGGCUGCAAAUCUCACCAAUGGAGCGAUAAGGAGGAUGAUGAGUGACUAUUACUCUUGCGAGGACCUAAAGCCUAUACUUCAAGUGAUUGACUUGAAGUUGGUGCAGUUACAAGAGCAUAACAACACAGAAAGGUAUAAGCUUUUGCUAUCAGAUGGUUCCCAUUACCAAUAAGGGAUGCUUGCUACUCAGAACAAGAAGUUGGUCCAUGUUGGGAGAUUGCAAAAGGGGUCUAUUGUUAAGUUGACUGAGUUUAUUUACAAAGUUGGCCAAAGUUGCAAGAUUAUCAUCAUUAUUGAGCUGAAUAUGGUCCUUGAUAAAUGUAAUCUGAUUGGAGAACCUAUUGGGGUACCAAGAGUUAUACCUGUAAGUGGCAAUAUUGCUUGACCAAAUGCGUUUGGGCCAUCUCUAGAUCAUUUUGCUAGGUUCAGCAACCUUUGCUGGUGUAUUCCAAGAAAAGGCACUACACUUACAUGUUUAGGCUAUCUAAAUUAUGUUUUAUGUCAAUUAUUUAGGAUGUUUUGUGUCAUUUAUUGCAAGAUAAGGUUAGUUGUUAUCAGUUUAUGUCUUAGAAUGAAUUGGUUAUUAGUA